AUCUGUUUGGUACCGAUUUAGUCUCGGAAGUGGAGCCACCGAAAGAAGACGCACAUUUUGGUCGCGCGCGGAUGUUUUUUGUUUUGUCGCUUUGUUAUUGUUGUCAUCAGAUCACUGAGUCGUGAUCGUGUCGUUCGAAAGUAACGGAACUGAUAUACGCGUGAACUAAUCAAACGUGUUCGUGAAUCAGUAAUACAUGUGCUGCUGAGUGGAAUUGAUAACAUUGAUCCGUCAACAUGAGGCCAGCUACAUCAUCAGGUCAAGUUGCCGUCGUCGUGCUUUGCUGCUGCAUUUAUCUACUUUAUCUGCCACCCAUCAUUGCAACAGAGACAGCGGAAAUUGAUCUCAAAAGAACUAAUCACAAAAGUGGAGUUGUUCCUAAAUUUCUAGCAGAAUCUGAAAUAGUCAAGGACAUUACAUGGAAAAGCCAUAGACCGUUAGGAAAAACUAGAAAAAUAAAACCAAACAAAUCAUCCCCCAAGAAGUACAGGGAGGAAGACCGGCUUGAUUUCCGAGUUGGAUCGACGAAAAAAUCAAUCUACGAAAAAAAGUAUUUCGAUUAUCUAUCGGCAGAGCUAAAAGAUUCACCAGAGGUUUCAUCCGGACUGAUCCGAAAAAAUGGUAGGAGAAUUCGGCGAGAUGUCAAAGCUGAAGUGCCACAACGUAUGAAGAGAAAUGGAAUCUGGUAUGUACAGCCAGUGGGUGCGUAUUCUUUCAUGGUGCCCCACUACAUACAACCGAACGACUGGAGACUGCAGUUCAAUCCGUAUGAUUUGGGUUAUAGACCAAAUUUGAACAAUCAUUAUCUGCCACCUGUCACUAUCAGAACACCUGCCACAGUUGAACCACCUGUCACGGAACCCACACCUAGCGGACCGCCAGAUCUUGGAAUGCGCGGUUCAUUUGAUACUGCUACUGACGGGCAGAUACCUUUCAUUUUCGACAUGGUUGUCGAUAAUAGUAGGGAAACUAACUAUCAGCUUUUCAGAAACACAGACAGGCCAAGAACAACCCAGAGCCCGGUAUUCGGCCAAGGGCCCACCUUUGAGACGAACGGUCGUUUUCCUGCGGUGCGAACAACAACUUCCCGACCGGUUACGUUUUCAAGACCACGAACAACAACAAUCAACUCGCUUGCUGACCGAGAUUCAACAACUCCCCGACCGGUUACGUUUACAAGACCACCAACAACAGCAAUUAAUUCUCUCGCUGACCGAGGUUCAACAACUCAACGACCAUCGAUUCAGCACAACAGUGACGAUGACUAUGAUUGGUCGAUGCUUGGUUUGUCGGUCGACGAUGGAAUCAGGAAUAGACUAGGUUUUGGUGACAAUGGCCAAAAUUCUCUGAAUACAACAAACAGUGAUUCUGAUGUCAACAAUUCUAUCGGUCCGGGCGCAGUCCGAAAAGCACCUUCAAAAUGCGCCUGGGCUAUUGCCAAUUGCUGCAGUCACAACUCAGACAGAAUUCGAUACUAUUGUUUUGAGCAAAAUCAGUGCCCUGGCUCGUUCUGGGGAGAUAAUGUUUGCCGACGAUUUUAUCAGGUGGCUCUUCGGGAAAUCGAAAAUUACUACAAUGUUUAAUCCUUGCUUCAGUGGCAUAACAACUUAUAUCUUCCAGUCACUAAGAUGAUAACACCCAAAUUGUCCUCGCUUGCUUUACGUACAUAUUUAUUGCUCGAAAUUAGGAAAAGUUAUUUCUUUAAGGAAUAAAAGUAAAAUUAUGUGUGUAUUCUUUCGAACCAUAAAUAAAAGUUUCCCAAUUCAAAACAAAGUCUUCACGAAGGAGAAAAAACCCCAUGAGAGAAAAUAUUUAUACAAAGUGUUGACCAAGAUACGAACGCAUUGUUGAAAUAAUUCUUUAGUAAUUUUUUGUGAUAUUGAAAAGAUUUGAUUAUUUGUGUGGUUCCGUAGAAGCAGCUGAAGAUGGUAGACUCAAUAUUCUUGCCCCUGCGAGAACUGUACAAUAACUAGGAACUGCUAGGAUGCUAGAAACGUUUCAUGUGUAUAUUUAUAUACGCUCUUGUAACGUUAGACUUGCGGAGCAUUUCGGGAAAUACGAUUUUUUAACAUUUGAACUUAUAAACUAUGUCAAUAGUUUAACACAUAACCACAUAAUCGGCUCAAGUCAACACUCGCGGUUGACUUGAGGUUAGAAUAAAAAUUGAUUUAUACAUUUUUCAGUGCGUAGCCAAUGCGGGAUACUUUCUAUUGAGAUGCAGCUGACUAUUGCUUACCAACUAAUCAGCAUUAUACGAGAGUUGUUCAAAAAAUAAGUUUCGGUGCUUCAGAAAUCGCGGAAAAAUAAAGUUAGGACAAAAAACAAGGUGAUUUUCGUAAUCAUCGGGAAUAAGUGAUAGUCGCUAGGGGCGAGGUCUGGGGAGUAAGGAGGAUGCUCGAACACAGUCCAUUUGAUUUUUUUCAAUUACUCUUGAGUUACGCAAACAGAAUGGGGCCGCGCAUUAUCGUGCAUAAGGAACACUCCUUUCGUCAAUAAACCAGGCCUUUUGUUCUUAUUCGCGGUUCUUAAUCGGUCCAAAACUUCACAAUAGUACGGUGAUGAAACAGGCGUUCGGCGGUCAACGAUUCGAUAACACUGAAGAAAUUCGUGACGCAGUUACAUCGUACUUCAAAAAGUUGUAUGCUACUCACUUCGCGCUCGGAAUAGAAAAACUCGUGCCACGCUAUGAAAAAUGCCCCGAACGUUACGGCGAUUAUGUAGAGAAAUAGGAAAUAAAACGUAGAAUACGAAAGUCACCUUGUUUUUGUCCUAAAUUUAUUUUUCUGAGGCACUGAAACUUAUUUUUUGAACGACCCUCGUAUCUAUAUAAAUGAAAAUGUAAGGUCAAAUGUGUUUCUAAGCGCAAAACCCGAAGAAGGUAUGAUCCAAUUUAAGCCGUCUUUAUUUUUUUUUGUAUUUUUCUCGAGCCAUAAAUCAAUGUUAUGGUGAGAAAAAUUCCGAAAUUUUUGAGAAGUUCGAGAGAAUUUUUGAGAAAGUUCGAAUAAAAAAUUCUCAUAUGUUCCACAAUGACAUUGUUAUUAGUCUAAUCGGAUUUCGCGUUUGCAGAAUUAGGCUUCGUAUUCCGUUAGUGUGGAGAGAAAAUGAUUCUCAGGUGGAAAAUAAAGAUUAUGAAUGAAAAUUUACUUUUCUGUAUCAAACAUGUAUUCCAGGUAAUGGAAAAAUAUGUUAUUUUCAAAUGAAUAAAGAAUCUUGAGCAAACAUUGUAUCUGAAAAUAAAUUUAUAUUGUAAAGCCGAGUUUUGGUAGAAGUAAUAGGAAAUUCAUAGUAAGUGGAAAUCGUAAAGAGUCAAAUAGAUUUCAAAGAUCAAUCAAUGGAGUGUUCUGCGAUUGAAUCCACGAACGUUAGGUCGGUAAGAAAAUAUGCAUGUACGAAAGAAGUCAUAUCAAACUUAUAAUUUCCGGCGGGACGAAGUUCGCCGGGUCAGCUAAGAUACUAAAAAAAUGAUAGAGAAUAAACUCAUUAGGAAAAAUAACUUUUGACGGCUUGACCGAUUAUUGAUCUUUUUACCAUAAUCAAAUAGUAUGUUCAGAUGACAAUUUUGAGAAAAAAAAUAUUUUCAUUAUUUUUGAGGUGUUGAGACUGGAGAAUCAUAUAAUUUCAGGGGAGCUAAGGCUUUUUCACAUACCAUAAAUUCAGCGAUGUAUUUUUUUGUUAUUGAGAUAUUUGUUUUCUCAAUAUUAAGUAAUAAGCAUUAUUCAAUGUAAUAUAUAUAUCUCAAUGACGGAAACACAAUGCAAAUAUUGGGAAAAUUAGAUUAACAUGAAUGCCAUCCGUUCGCCGCAAAAGAGUUAUCAAAAUUAAAACUGUUUGAUAAAAGUCACAGGAGGGUUGUGUCCGAGACACGAUCGCGUAGUUGACGUAGGAUUCCGUUAGGCUAUCUGUUGAUUUUGGAUAUAUUUGAAUAAUGACAUCAUUGAACUCUUUGAUAAUGAUUUGGUGGCCUCCUGAAAAGGGCCGUUUUGUUUGGUUGUUGGGUAUUGUUGGUAAGGAUGGUAAACAGUCAUUGGAUGGUGCAUAACAGGUAAAAGAUACUGAAGUGGAACGAGAUAUGAUGAAAAUCGCCCUCUAUGAUCCUAGACGAGAUGCCACCUGGGUUAUGUAUGGAUGAAAUACAGAAAAAAACUCACCAAUGUAAUAUAAGAUAAUUACGAAUACCGAACAC